AUGGCCCGGCGGUGCUCACGGACGCGCUGCCGGGGCGCCGCGGCGGCUCCUCCGGCCCGGGGACCGCGGGGACAGCGGGGAGCGCGGGGACAGCGAGCGGGCACGGGCAGCUCCGCCCCGGCACGGACACACACGGCGGCCCGCGGCCCUCACCUGAACAGCGGGACACCUCGGAGCGCCGGCCCCGCCGCCUGCGGUGACCGGACGGAAGUGGCGGCGCUGUCCCGCCCCCGGGUCGCGCAUGCCCCGCGGAGCGAGGCUCCCGCCCCGAUGCCGGAGGCGGUGCGGCUCCGCAAGCGCCGCUCGGUGCUGUACGGCUCCCCCGGCGGGGCCGCCGCGCAGCGAGGCGCCGGUGUCGCCGCGCCCGCACCGCUGCUGGCGCUCGCCGUGGCGCUACGGGCGCUCAACUGCGUCCUCGUCCGGACCAGCUUCGUCCCGGACGAGUACUGGCAGUCGCUGGAGGUGGCGCAUCACAUGGUCUUCAAAUAUCCUUCGCGGGCCGCGGCCUCCGCGCUCCCGGCAUCGUUCCCCGCGGGACGGAGGGGACGCGGCCCCCGCGGUGCUGGGAGCGGGGGAGAGCUCGGGGACAGGUUUCCAGGCUCGGGGACAGGUUUCCGCGGCAGUGAAGUGUUGGCUUGA